CUCCUGGUAAUGAGGUUCUUAAGCGUUUCCUCCAUCAGAUGUCAAGUUACAGAAUAUUUGAUAGCAGAGAGAUGUUGUUCUCUGUGUCCAGCAGGAACUUGUGUUAAAACAGACUGUAGUCAUGAAUCCAGAGUCUCUUCAUGUCAGCUCUGUCCAAAUGAAACCUUUAUGGAUCGACCAACUGGAAAAAGAAUCUGUUCUCCAUGUUCUUCAUGUGCUGCAGGUUCUGGUCUAAAAGUAAAGAAACCCUGCUCACGCAGCUCAGAUACAGUUUGUGAAGCUCUGGAAGGAUUUUUCUGCCUGGAACUGACAGGUUCAGGCUGUUCAGCAGCUCAGAAACACAAGAGCUGCAAACCAGGACAAUACAUCAGCACAACAGGAAGCUCCUCCUCAGACGCUGAAUGUUCUGACUGCAGCAGUGGAACAUUUUCUAAUGGAUCAUCAACAUCC